UCAGUAGCGGACGGCAGCAGUAGAUGAUGAUGACACCGACAAUCCGAAGUGGACAGUAUCGUAAUGAGUACCUUGCUGCUCUUGCAGCAACCUCAUCCCUGGUGGCCUCGGUAGCCUGUGCAGGAUGGUCUUCACCGGCGAUACCGAUGCUCCGUGGUGCCGAUUCCCCCAUUCCGAUCACUGCGGACGAGGGUUCGUGGAUUGUGUCACUGCUGUCGAUCGGUGCUCUGUUCGGUCCGAUCGCUUGUGGGCUGCUCGUCGAUCGGUACGGUCGCUGGAAGGUGCUGAUGGGAUCGGCACUCCCGAUAGUGCUCGGUUGGGUGAUGAUCGCCUUUGCCCAGGCCAUUGGUGUGCUGUACGCGGCACGGUUGCUUCAUGGAUUCGGUUACGGACUCGCUUACUCCGUCACUCCAAUCUAUCUCGGUGAGAUAUCAUCGGACGCGGUCCGUGGAUCAACCGGAGUGUUAGUGACGGUCAUGGCCAAGCUGGCCUUUCUACUCCAGUACUCGAUCGGUCCGUACGUAGGCUACAGGGCGCUGGCAUGGAUAUCGCUGGCCUUUCCGGUGCUGUUCUGUGUCGCCUUCGCUUGGAUGCCCGAGACACCGUACUACCUGUUGGCUUGUGGAAAUGACGAGGCUGCCGCCAGCAGUCUACGGUGGUUACGGCGAGAUGAAGCCAUCAUUAGUGAGCUCGGACGCAUGAGAAAGCUGGUCGAACAUAGCAAGCACGCAAAGACCAACCCUCUGGGGCAACUGUUUGCAGCGACAAACCGAAAAAGUCUCCUCAUCAUUCUGCUCCUCUCGCUCGGCAUGCAACUGACCGGUAUUAAUGCCAUCCUCGGUUACUCGCAGACCAUCUUCUCCCGGUUGGCGCUUCCGCUAUCGGCCGCCGAGCUAUCGAUUGUGCUUGCCCUGGUGCAGCUUGGUUCCGUGAUGUUACCGACGUUUCUCGUCGAUCGGACUGGCCGUCGGCCACUGCUGCUCAUCUCGACCGCUGGCUCAGUGGUCGGGCUGACUACCUGUGCCGUGUAUUUUACGCUCGAUAACGCGGGCGAAUUAUCGUCAGAACCAGGAGCCGCUCACGGUUGGAUACCGUUUGUGGCCGUGCUGGUGUUUAUCGUUUCGUUCGCGGUCGGCCUAGCCACCGUUCCGUUUGCUAUCCUUGGGGAGGUGUUUCCGAAGCAUAUCAAAGCCAUGGCGAACGCGGUGUUUGCGGUGAUUACAUCGGCGGUCGUGUUUUCGGUCGUCAAGCUAUUCCAGGUCAUCUCUGACGGGGCCGGUACGUACGUUUCGUUCUGGAUCUUUGCUGGUUGUACCGUCGUGACCGGAGUGCUGAUCUACUACAUCAUUCCGGAAACGAAAGGCCAAUCGUUCGAGCGUAUACAGGAGAUGAUGCAGAGGGUGAUUGCCGGGGUGCUGGUGCUUGUGUCGCUGCUACCGACCUCGCUGGAAGCGGAAAUCGAUUGCAACAGUUUGCGGAUGGGCCAGUUCCUCUGUCCGGAUCCGUCGCUGCGCCAGAUUGAUCCCCGCACACAGCAGCUGUACGGAUGUACGAAGGAGAAUAAGGCUCGCGCCUGGUGUAUCGCAGCCGAUGGCAUCGUGUGUAGCGAGACGAAGAAUGCCAGCUUCACCCGGGAACUGCCGUGCAAGUGGACCAAUGGUUAUCACUUUGAUACGGCCCUGCUACUGUCCGUGUUUCUGGGAAUGUUCGGCGCGGAUCGAUUCUACCUCGGUUAUCCGGCACUGGGAUUGCUAAAGUUCUGCACCCUGGGCUUCAUGUUCCUCGGUCAGCUCGUUGACGUGAUACUGAUAGCGACACAGGUCGUUGGACCAGCCGAUGGUUCGGCAUACAUUAUUCCUUACUACGGACCCGUGAUAACGGUAGUGCGGAGCGAUAACUGGACGUACAGGUUGCCGCAGGAUAACUGGUGAUUGCUGGCCAACGUUUUCCGCCUAUCCCGGUGGCCAAAGACACUGAACUGAGUCGUGGGUGGAAGGAACGGCUGUGCCGUCGCGAUUCCUGUCCACAAAAGACCUUACAAACGGUGAACCCGUGUUUCGCGAGAAAUCACGGGGUUGGAAUAAUGUGAUACGAAAUAGAUAGAAGAGUAGUAGUAGUAGUAGAGAUCGUUACAAUUCGUAAGAAUAAAUAUGUUAAAAUACCAUCAGAUAGAUUCCAUCUGCCAGUGAGAACCCCUCAGUGGGAUGGGAUGCAAUCGAUAAGCUGAGGGUGGUACCUUAGCAUCAGUCUGCCCAGUUUUCGCUACCCAUUUGUACAGCCAGCCACCAAUAAAGCUCAUCUUUGAAAUCGAAAAAGUAAUA